UAAUAUACGUAUUAUCCCCUCCGCCUUCGCCUUCACCAUCGCCAUCGCCAUCACCAUUUCUCCGCGUUUCCACUUCUCUCUCUCUUUCUCUCUCCGCGAAGGCGCCACCGCGAUUGCCUCCGCCACAUCCCGCGAAGAUGGGCGGGAGUGAUUUAACCAUGCGAGGGCGACAUGGGGAUGCCUUCUCGACGUACAAGCGCAACGUGCUUAGGGAUUAUGUUAAUUUUAACAAGGAUGGUGCCUCCGAACAUUUACUAAAUGGAGUUGGUAAAGAUCUCGGAAACCCUUCAUGGAGGCGUUCUUUGCCACAUGUCCUUGUGGCAGCUCUUUCUUUCCUGUUCGGUUACCAUCUCGGGGUAGUUAAUGAGACACUAGAGAGCAUCUCCUUGGACCUAGGCUUCAAUGGAAAUGCAUUGGCUGAAGGUCUAGUGGUGAGUACGUGUCUAGGAGGGGCAUUUGUUGGAUCCCUGUUUAGUGGUUGGAUUGCAGAUGGUGUUGGGCGCCGAAGGGCAUUUCAGCUAUGUGCCCUGCCCAUGAUCAUUGGGGCCUUAAUGAGUGCCGCAACAAAUGAUUUGUGGGGUAUGCUUUUAGGAAGAUUAUUUGUGGGAACUGGAAUGGGUCUUGGCCCUCCUGUUGCUGCUCUCUAUGUUGCAGAGGUCUCACCUACCAGUGUAAGGGGUACCUUUGGGAGCUUCACCCAAAUUGCAACUUGUCUUGGACUAAUGGGGUCUCUUUUCAUUGGAAUUCCAGCCAAGGAAGUCGCAAACUGGUGGCGAGUUUGCUUUGUGGUGUCCGUUAUUCCUGCUGUAGCACUUGCUCUUUUAAUGCAGUUCUGUGCAGAAAGUCCUCAUUGGCUUUUCAAGAGAGGAAGAGCUGCUGAAGCAGAAACUGAAUUUGAAAAAAUUUUGGGUGGAGUAUAUGUAAAAUCUGCAAUGGCAGAGUUGUCGAAGGCUGACAGGGGAGAUGAAGUAGAUACCGUAAAACUCUCCGAGUUACUCUACGGUCGCUAUUUUAGAAUGAUUUUCAUUGGCUCUGUCCUUUUUGCCUUACAACAGCUUUCAGGAAUAAAUGCUGUCUUCUACUUCUCUUCUUCUGUUUUUAAAAGUGCCGGCAUACCUUCAGACAUUGCAAACAUUUGUGUAGGAAUAUCAAAUUUGUCAGGGUCAGUCAUAGCAAUGAUCCUGAUGGAUAAGUUAGGAAGGAAGGUGCUGCUUCUUGGGAGUUUUAUAGGAAUGGCAGUGUCAUUGGGUAUUCAAGUGGCUGCUGCAAGUUCCUUUGUUUCAGGCUCUGUAUCAUCAUAUAUGUCAGCUGCUGGCAUGCUGCUGGUUGUCUUGGCAUUCUCUCUUGGUGCUGGUCCAGUCCCUGGCCUUCUGUUGUCAGAAAUAUUUCCUAGUAGAAUCAGGGCUAAGGCAAUGGCGUUUUGUAUGGCUGUGCACUGGGUGAUUAACUUUUUCGUUGGCUUGUUGUUCUUGCAAUUGCUGGAGCAAUUAGGGCCAAAGGUCCUAUACACAAUUUUCGCCACCUUUUGCUUGAUAGGGGCGGCUUUUGUAAAGAGGAAUGUGGUGGAAACAAAAGGAAAAUCACUGCAGGAAAUCGAGAUUGCUCUUCUUCCACAGGAAUAAAGGCACCUCGACCAUUUGUGCUUCUGCGAGAUGUUCAGAAAGUAUCUUACCACAAGCUUAGUAUGGCGAUUACCUUCAUUCGAAAACUACCCCGGUGAUUAUGUUGCUUAAUUCUCAAGCUCCGGUUUCAAUCCCAGACACGAGUCAGGUCGAGACAGGCUGCCUCAUUAGACAGCCAUUCUUGCAUCAGUUCUGCAUCACGUAAAUGUGGAACUUCAGGAAGUCGCAGUCUCCUGCUGAUCUUGAUGUGAGAGUACGUAACAUCUAAAGAGCAUGGGCAACAGUUUUGAAUCCGUAACUAGAGCGCAAAUAUAGUUUGGUAUUGACUCGGUCUAUGGUGAUAUAUAUUCAUGUGCACGAACUCAUUGUGGUCCUCAAAUCAAUCUUUCCUCCGGAAGAGAACUUGUCAUAUUUAUUCACUGCUUCGGCAAUCGGCGAAGCUGUUUGGCUGUC